AUGGCCCAGGAUGAGAAAAAAACUUCAGAUAAAGUGAAGGAGGCGCCCGUGGUAGAGGGGCAUGAACUCAGGAAAACUGAGGAAUCCAGGAAAAUAGAAACGUACCUGGUAACGGUUCCAAUUGCAGUAAAGAAGUUUGGAGAUAUUCCAGAUAAAAAAAUAUCAGAUCCAAAUUACAAUGAUUCCUCGGAGGGGCCAUUUGGUUUGGGCCCUUUUGUUUUCCCUUGUUUACAGCGUUUCAACAACGUUCACUCCUUCCUGAUUCUGUACUUUUUAACGGUCAAUACUCAUGGUAUGAUAUUUGCUCUUGUUGAUAAGAGCUUAAAUGUAUAUAAGUCUCAACUUUCUUUGUCAAUAUUAGACAAAUUCUUACUGGAUGGUAUUGAUUAUUUUGCUGGUUGCAUGGUAGCAAUGUUUAUAGGAUACUUUGGAGGUAGAGGGAAUAGGGCAAAAUGGGUGGCAGCUGCCAGCAUUUUAAUAGGACUUUCAGCAAUUGCUUUUGCUAUUCCUUUUUAUAAUUAUGAAAUUAUAAAACUGCAUGAAAUAAAAGAAGAGUUGUGCGAAGAAGGAAAAACAGCUAAAGUUUGUGAGGAAACCUUUAUACCGCACAAAUCAAUAUGUAUCUUUUUCUUCAUCUGCGGGCAAAUACUACAUGGAAUAGCAGGGAUGUCAAUUUAUAUACUUGGCGUAACCUUCAUUUUUGACCAUGUUCCAACAAAGUCAUCUGGAUUUUAUUUAGCUAUUGCAGAUGUUGGACUACCAAUUGGAUACAUUGUGGGUUUUGUAGCAGGAAAACAAGCUUUUACUUUGCCUGUACAAGAAGCUAUGCAAGCAGUUGGACAUAUUCAGAGGUUUCGAAUAUUGCAGCGUCGUUGGUGGAAAUCUUUUUUUACUGUUGCUGUGUUAGCAUUUAGUACAACUUUACCGCUGUUCUGUUUUCCAUCUAGUUUACCUGGUGCACAAAAGUUAAGACUUGAAAAAAGAAAUGAACCUCCCACCAUUGACAGGAGACUUAAAAAUAAGGAAAUUAAGCCUAAUUUGAAGGGUAUUCUUCAUGCUAUUUGGUGUCUACUGAGGAACCCACUUCUGAUGACCCAGAUAUUCUGCAAAGUCACAGAGUCUUUGACUUUUAAGACAACUUUACUUUUUUUGCCCGAAUAUUUACAAACUCGGUUUUUAAUGGUACCUUCACGUUCCGUUAGCAUCACAGGUUCUCUAUUAUUUAUAGGAAGUAUCACUGGCCGUUUUAUUGGAGGCUUUAUUAUUGACAGAUUGGAAAUGAAUAAUAAGAACAAAUUGAAAUUUAUAGCGAUAUCUGCUGUUAUAUCAAUUGUGCUUUUCCUAUUAACAUUUUUUGUGGAGUGUGAAACAGUAAAAUUUGAAGGAAUCAAUGAUGAUUAUCAUAGCCUUGGUGUGCUUGGAAACCUCACAGCUCCGUGCAAUGUGGACUGUGGCUGCACAACUUCUGACUAUAACGCUGUAUGUGGAAGAGAUGAGACACAGUAUUUCUCUCCCUGCUUUGCAGGGUGCGAAGCUACUAAAACCCUACAGAAGGAAAAGACAUACUACAAUUGUUCUUGCAUUAAAGAAGGAUUGACAUCUACUGAUGAUGAAGGUCACUAUAUUGAUGCUGUUUCUGGAACAUGUGAUACCAAAUGUCUUACAAUGCCUUUGUUUUUUGCCUUUUACGUUUCUGCAACCGUUUUUUGUAAUUUAAGUGUUGUACCUGCCAUCUUGAUUAUCUUACAAAGCGUACCUGCGAGUUGGAAUUCAAUGGGCAUGGGUUUGACCUUUACAAUGUCGAGAUUAAUUGUAUCUCUCCCUGGACCACUACUUAUUGAAGCAGCAUCAGAUUUCACUUGUCAUUUCUGGGACAUUAAUGAAUGUGGAAAGAAAGUACAUUGUUGGAUCUUUGAUAAGGAAAAUUUGGUCUACACAUUUCAGAUAAUAUUUAUUAGCCUGCAAGGAUCGACAGGCUUUCUUUGUCUUUAUGGUCUUUACAGAUAUGAUUAUGUGGUAAAAGAAAAGAUUGAAAAACUGCCUACACCUUUUUAUGGAGGUGACAGUGUGUGUUCUUGGCAUAGGUCAUACCUGAACAGUUCUCAGGAGUCUGUUUUCUCAUACCAGCUUGUGGGCUCUUGGCAUAGUGCUAAGAUUUUCAUCUCUAUGGACAAGCACCAUUACCCACUAAGCCAUUUGCUAGCCCUGGAAUAG